UAAGAGAAUAGCAAUCGUAUUGUGAAGAUGACGCCUUAGUGUGCACACGUCGUAAACGAUCAUCGCACUUAGUCCGACAAGGACGAGCGCAUCUCUCUGUUUUUUUUUAUUAUCGUAAUUAAAAAUGAAGUCCUACUUCAUAGUGUUUGUUAUAGCUGCAGUGAGUUAUCAAUGCAAAGCUGGUUUAGUAAAAGGAUUGUUAAGUGGAGCAAUAGAAACAAACAUUAAAGUGCACGAUGCAGCUCAUCACGUUGCGGACUCCAUUUUGGGAGGUGUGUCGCAACUCCUAAAUCAUCAUCAUCACCAUCCUGGACGUCUGCCUGAGAAGCCCACUGAGACCAUCGUAGUCGUUGUGCAAGAAGGACAAGAUGAUCCUCCUUACGGUGGUCCGACCCAGAAUGGCUACGAUCCUCCAAUUAACAACUAUAACAGGCCUCAUCACAACCAUCAAGGAAACUACAAUCAAGGUAAUCAAAACCCAAACCAUUAUAACCAGAACGGCAACAACUGGAAUCCUAACAAUCAAUAUGGGAAACCUAAUGGCCAUUACGGAAACCAGAACAACCAAUAUGGAAACCAGAACAACCAGUACGGGAACCCUAACCAGUAUGGUAACGGCAACCCCAAUAACAAUCUUUACAAUAGACCUAACAACCAGUAUGGGAAUCCCAACAACCAAAACGGCAAUUACGGAAAUAACAACAACCAAAACUGGAGGCCCAACAAUCAGUACGGAAAUCCCAAUAACCAGAACGGUAACCCCAACUACCCAAACAACCAAUACGGCAAUCCCAACUAUCAGAACCCUAACAACCAGAAUGGAAAUCCUAAUAACCAAUAUGGAAAUAAUCAGAACAAUAAUGGAUUCAACAAUCAACAGACUUCUGAGAAACCAAAUCAAGGUGGAUCUUAUCAAGACCAUUCUACUGAGCACGUGAACUACCAGCCGGAUGUAAAGCCUACAUCUGGGCCAAAUAACGGAUACAACAACCAGAAACCGAAAGACGAGGUCCAUAAAACUGAUACAAAUGUUGAAAAAACCACUAAAAAACCCAAAGAUAACGACUAUCCUCUUUUCGUGCCACUUGGGCCAAACGACUACGUAUACGGCGGAGACAAAGUAGAAGUCAAUGCCCCUAAAAGAGAGACAGAUAACAGUAAACCAAAUCCAGCUGAAGAUGUUGAUGAAGAUUUGGGGCUAGACAUAAGGAUACAAAACGAAUAAAUCCAAAAAUAGUGUGGUUAUAGUGGCAAGUGAUGUCAUUGGAACGCGAUGACUCUAAAAUCAAUAAUUCAAUUUUAUAGAUGUGUUUAUUUCAAUUCCAUGUGUAAUAAUUAAAUCUUAAAUGGACAUGUA